AUGAAUUAUAAGAAAACAAUGAAUAAAGGACAAAAGCAAAAAAUACUGCAGAAUAAAAGAAUAAAAUAUAAUGAAUUGGAUCAAUCAAAGAAAGAGGAACUGCUUACCAAAAAUAUAAAUUAUAGAACAAAAAGGAGUAAAGAACAAAAGCGAAAAACACUGGAGAAUAAAAGAGCUAAAUAUGAAGCAAUGGAUCAAUCAAAGAAAGAAGAACUGAAAGAAAAACGGAUGGAAAAGAAAUCUCAAACUCAUGACAUUGACAUGUACAUUGAAAAAUUUAAAAAACAAAUUAAAGCUGGCCCAUUUUACAUAUGCUGUGUCUGUAACCGAACAUUAUAUAAAAAGUCAGUAGUAAUUCUGCAGAAAAAUAAAUAUCCUCGCCAGGAUUGUUUUAUGCAAUUCAAUUUCAAUUCAAUUUUAUUUCACACGUUUACAAAAGAUAUAGUUAGACAUUAAUUACAUCACAAAAAAAUCAUAAUGGAAGGGGAAAAAAGGGAGUUAAUUAUGGUAUUAUAUCGUGUACAGUGGCCAAAGUAGCUGAGAAGCUUUCGAGUUGGCCACCGUUUACAAAAUUGUUGUUUUGUGACUGUUUACAUAAUUGAGAAAAAAGAACAUGACGUGUUUGGUGUGGCUGGAUCAGUGUCUGGAUUCUACGUUUGGCUUAGGAUAAGUUUUCUUGUAUAUUUAGAUUUAAAUAUUCUAACUGAAGUCGACUGCUUAAUAUGUAGGUCUAUCGUUUCCCAAAUAUUGGAUGACGAAAAAGGAAAAGUGUGUUUGCCGUAAUUUGUGCGCGCUUUUGGUCUGCUAAAGUUUUGAUUUGCCGCGAAUCUUGUAUUAUACGAGUGACAGGUAGAUGCGAUGGAUAUGGAGUUUGCAAAAACUGACGGUACUAAGUUGUUAAGGAUUUUAUAUGUAAAAAUUGCAAUUUUCAAUUUAAAAACAUUGUCAACGUUGAGUAUUCCCAAUAGUCCCAACGUUGAAUAUUCCCAAUGUUCUUUUGAUAGCAAAGAGUACGUCUGCAAAACUUGCCAUGCUAAAUUACUUAAAGGUCAACAGCCUUGUCAAGCUGUGGUAAACAAUUUAUUUGUUGAUGAAACCCCCACUGAACUUGCUGCAUUGGAGAAACUUGAACAAAUUUUUAUUGCACAAAGAAUAGUCUUUGAAAAAAUUGUAGUAAUGCCAAAAGGACAACAAAGAAAAAUUAAAGGUGCAAUAUGUAAUGUACCAGUUGAAUGUAGUCAAACGUGCAAUGUUCUUCCCAGACCACCUGACAAAAGGCAACAACAUAACAACUGA